AAAAGGAACAAAUUAACACGUAACUGACACAAAAAACACAAAAUGUCCUCUUCGACGCUGAGAGAUCAACCCGGCACUUCCAAAGAAUCAUUCGAGGACUUCUAUACCGAAGUGAAAGAAAUUGAAAAACGCGAUUCAGUACUAACUCCUACUCAACAAAUUGAUCGUUUACUUCGUCCAGGUUCCACAUACUUCAAUCUUAAUCCUUUCGAGGUGCUGCAGAUUGAGCCAGACGCCGAGGUGGCCGACAUAAAAAAACGUUAUCGUACCCUCUCCAUACUGGUACAUCCAGACAAGAAUCCCGAUAACCAGGAGCGCGCUCAAAUGGCAUUCGACAUUGUUGCUCGUUCCUGGAAGAUAUUGGAAAACGACCUAACACGCAAAAAGUGUUUGGAUGUGUACGAGGAAGCCAAAGGCCGCACAGAUCAUAUGAUUGCUGAAAAACGUAAAAAGCUCAAAAAGGAAGGCAGAUCCUUUGAGCAAAUACCUGAAGACGAUCCUGCCAAGUAUAAACACGCCAUUUACGUAAUGGUAAUGAAACUCUUUGCUGACAUGGAACGGCGAAGGCAAAAGCUUGAUCAGCGCGACCAGGAGGAGCGAAAGCGAAAGCGCGAAACCGAAAUAGAGGAAGAGGAACGCGUCAAAGCGGAUCGUGAGUGGCAGCAAAAUUUUGAGGAAUCUCGUCAAAGCCGUGUGAACAGUUGGCACGAUUUUCAAUCCGGCGCUGGCAAAUCGAAGAAGACAAAAAAGCAAAAGCAUAUGACCGGCAUGAUGGUGCCCCCAAAGUUUAAACCUGAGACGCGAUGAAAUCUGUUUGCGACCGUCGCCGUUAACCGCCCCAUUAUUUUACACAUAUAUUUUUACAUUUUUAUAAGUAUCCUUUGGAGUUGUAAUAAUUGACAUGAUCAUAAUAUGUAGUUUUAGGAAAACAAA